AUGAUUCAAUAUACUCAAGUCGAGCUUCUUACUCUCGAUGGUCCGGCCUUUCGUCGUGUUUCAACAGCGCCUCCUCGUCCGGCCACUGACGAGGAGAUUCCCAUUAUCGAUCUAAGUACAAUUGAUGGCGACCUAAAGGCUAAAGAAACAAUUGCGACGGAAGUAAAGGCCGCAGCGGAGAAUACCGGCUUCUUUUACAUCAAGAAUCAUGGGAUCUCGGAGGAACUGAUAGAAAGAGCUCUCACAAAUGCCCGGACUUUCUUUGAGCAGACAGAUGAACAGAAAGACCUAGUGUUCCAUGCAAAAUUCAAGAAUUCUGUUGGAUACCAUGGAGUUGGAAGCUCGCAAAUCAACAUAAAGGAAACAAAAGGUUUACUUCCUCUCCAACAUGUGACUAGCAUGGACCGGAAAGAGACCUUUACACUCCGCUAUAAUCCUAUUAACGACCCAUCGAUAACCGAUCCAACAGCUCUUCUUCAGAAUGAGAAGUAUUCAUAUGGCGGCGACGAUUCCCUCUGGAAGGGAGUAUCUCACCUUCCAAGCUUCAAAGAUACCACCAUCGAAUUUUGGCAACGUCGUCUUACCCUUGCCCGCAAAAUGAUCCGUAUCUUCGCACUGGCACUCAACAUGCCGGAGAACUACUUUGACGAAGUCACCACACAUCCAGGUGCUGACGCACUCUACGUGCACUACCCCGGAUCUCCAGAAGCCAUAUCCCAGGACGUCGAUGCAGGCCGUGACAUUGACGUCGGAAUUGGCUCGCACACCGAUAUCCAGUGCAUCACACUUCUCUGGCAGGAUAUGUCUGGAGGUUUACAAGUCCUCUCAGCUAGUGACGAAUGGCUCCAUGCAAAGCCGAUUCCGGGAACGCUAGUUGUCAAUAUUGGAGACUUUUUGCAGCGUCUCUCGAAUAACAAAUUCAAGUCAACGGUGCAUCGGGUUUAUAAUCGGCAGACAACGUCACGGUACUCGAUGCCGUUUUUCUUGGGGUUCAAUCCGGACUCUAUCUGUCGGGUUGUGCCGUCUUGCAUUGAUGAGGAGCAUCCUGCUUUAUAUGAACCUAUAACUUGUGGGAAGUGGCAUCGAGAUAGACUUGCCCUUGCAGGCUCGAAGGGGAAAAUGUCAGCAGCAUCGUGA